UCAGCCGGAGAAAUAACUGAUAUGAAAUGCAAAUGUCAAGCCAAGCGAUCAACUCGCUUUCAGUAGCACAUAAUUAGAGGGACUUACUAAGUGACCAAACCAGACGAAAACUCAUUUGUGAGCGUUAGAGCCAGAAAGAAACUGAACGGCGAUGUCGGAAGACUUGAACAAAACCAUGAAUGGCACUCAGCCAUCGAGCUGCUACAAUCCUACAGCAGAAAAAAUCGGGCAAACCGUCGCUUACUGCCUGAUUUUUCUUGUUUCGCUGACUGGGAACACCGUCAUCGGAAUAAUUGUCUACAAGACGAAAGCCAUGAGAAAACCCAUCAACUUUUUCAUUGUAAACAUGGCCAUGUCCGAUCUGCUGUUUCCGAUUUUUGUGAUUCCUCGAGAGAUACAGAAGCUUUAUAUAGACUCCUGGCUGAUCGGUGGUCCUCUUGGCCAGGCCUUAUGUAAGCUGGUUCACUUCUUAUCAGAUGUCUCCCUUAUUGUUUCUGUUCAGAGCCUGGUUCUGACAGCUGUGGAUCGAUUUGGAGCUGUGGUAUUUCCCCUCCGUUCCCCACUCAUCAGUUCAAAGCUGUGCCCGUUCUUCAUUCUCGUCACUUGGAUCGUCGCGUUGGCUUUUUUCUCCCCAUUUCUCUCCGCCUACAAACUUGUUGAAUAUCCAGAAGGGUUGAAGUGUGUUCUACCUUGGAAUGAAGUCUUUGGUGAGUCCUCGUUUUUUCGGAAUUACAUCGUGGCAUACUUGUUAGUUUUCCAUUUGAUCCCGUUACUGUUGAUAGCCAUACUUUACAUUAUCAUCUAUACAAAGCUCAAGUCACACAAGAUUCCAGGCGAGCAAUCGACCAACACUGGAAAACAACGUCUGCAAAGGGAACGAAACGUGUUAAAGAUGGCCAUUGCUAUUGUGUUAGGGUUUGCAGUAUGCUCGAUGCCCUACGUUAUGUCCAUGUUACUCCUGUUCUUUGGACCGGACUUUGUGAAAUGGUCUUGUGGCUUCCAAUACUUUAUUAUUGUUGCCUUUUUUAUGGCUCGCGCAAAUUGUGCCAUCAAUCCUUGUAUCUGUUUUAUUUUCAGCUCAAAUUAUCGUAGAAAACUGAAAACUUUACUUAAAAGUAAAUAGUUUUUGAACAGUGCAAUAACUGUGUUGAUUCUCUGUUCAGUUGAGAAUGUCAGUCGACCUGAAAUUUGUAAAGAACGUUAAUCAAAACUGCUUUGUAAUCAAUUCAAUGUACACUAACUUAAUGAUUCUAACGCUUCCUUGGACACUGAGUUUACGAUCACUUUGUAGUAUUCUGGAAAGUCCAUUUGUAAUUUUCUUAAUUCAAGGAAACUCUCAGGUCGUCUUAAGCCGUGCAAAUAAUAUUUAUCUCACUACUGUAUUGGAUUGAAUGUACCUCAUAAACUUUACAGAACGAUACGUUUCUAAUCUUUCUUUUCAUUGACGAUACCCUUGGCCAUCGUUUGUGGUUUUUACGUAAAAUCAGUUACCAUAGUAAAGUUUGAUUCUCCUAAGGAAGCUUUAUUUUUAAUAACUUUCCUCGCACUUUCAGUACAACACUGAAA